AUGGAAAAGAGAAUGAGUGCUGAAGAAAAUAUGGUCAGAAAAAGAAAGAGUAACCCAAAUAAUCAACUAUUCUCGUUUCCUCCAGAGCUAGAUCAUGAUUCACUCGCCCUUUCCCUUUCUCCUCCAUCAACAAGGCUUUCCCUUUCUCCUCCAUCAACUAGACGUAGGCUCCCACCACCACAUUCACCAAUCCUACCACUACUGCCAUUACCGCGGCUGCCACCACCACCAGCUCCAACCCUACCUCCUUAUCAAUUUUAUCUCUCUCCCUUAAUUGUUGACUCUUCAUCAUUAAAUUUAGUCACUAGUUCUCCAACAUCAAAUUUAGUCACUGAUCCUUCAGUGACAACAACCUUAGUUGCUGGUUCUUCAACAUCAACAUCAACAGCCCAUCCAGAACACAAUACCUCAUAUAAGUCCCGCACUCGCCGUAAUCCAACACAAGCUCCUCGAGCGGGGAAGAGUGAUACUAUCCCUGCUCCUUAUCCAUGGGCCACCACUCUCCGUGCUACUGUGCAUAGCCUUGAACAUCUUUUACAAAGUGGACUACACACAAUAUCUGGUGAAUGCCGAUGCAAGGAAUGUGAUCAAAAGGAUACUAUUAUGUUUGAUCUGCAAAGUAAGUUCUUUGAGGUUGCAAAUUUUAUUGCAGUAAAUAAUAGCAAGAUGCAUGAUCGAGCUCCAAAUGAUUGGAAUGAUCCAUUGCUUCCAACUUGCAAAUAUUGCGAAAAGAAGAACAGUGUAAAGCCGAUUAUAAACAAGAAGAAGGAGAUCAAUUGGCUUUUCUUGUUCCUUGGGCAAAUGCUUGGGUGUUGUAACCUUGAACAAUUGAAAUAUUUUUGCAAGCACACAAAGAAUCAUCGCACAGGUGCUAAAGAUCGUGUUCUUUAUCUAACAUAUCUUACUAUUUGCAAACAACUCUUUCUUCCAAGGACUUUCGAUCCUUGA